AAUCAUGUAAACAAAGCAGAAGAACACUUCCUGAAAUUAUUGAAUCAAAGAAAAUGUAGAACUUAUCCCCAUCCCCCUUCCUACAAUCAGCGAUUUCUGCUGAUAUAAAGCUAUGGAAAACUUCCAGAAGAUAGAGAAAAUAGGCGAGGGCACAUACGGUGUUGUUUAUAAAGCUGUUGACCGCAACACUGGGCAACUCGUGGCGCUGAAGAAAAUCCGCCUGGAUGCUGAUUCGGAAGGUGUGCCUAGUACAGCUAUCAGAGAAAUAUCUCUACUGAAGGAACUCGACCAUGUCAAUAUUGUAAGGUUGCUGGAUGUGGUUCACAGUGAAAAGAAGCUGUAUCUGGUGUUUGAGUUCCUUCAAAUGGACCUGAAGAAGCUGAUGGACAGCUGUCCACCAUCUGGCCUUGGCGAAAACCUUGUCCGGAGUUACCUGUACCAGUUGUUACUGGGUAUCUCGUACUGCCACGCCCAUCGAGUGUUGCACAGGGAUAUCAAGCCCCAGAACCUCCUCAUAGACAAGCAGGGCAACAUCAAACUGGCUGACUUUGGGCUCGCCCGCGCCUUUGGUGUACCUGUAAGGACCUACACACAUGAGGUGGUGACACUAUGGUACAGAGCACCAGAAAUUCUCCUGGGCAGCAAGUUCUACUCCACACCUGUAGAUGUGUGGAGCCUGGGCUGUAUCUUUGCUGAAAUGAUUACAAGAAGGCCAUUAUUUCCUGGAGACUCGGAGAUAGAUCAACUCUUCAGAAUAUUCAGAACAUUGGGUACCCCAGAUGAGACUAUCUGGCCAAACGUGACCCAGUUGCCUGACUUCAAGUCCUCGUUCCCCAAGUGGCCCCAGCAGCCGGUCAGCAGCAUCCUCCCUCACCUGUGUCCAGACGGCCAGGAUCUACUGACGAAAAUGAUGAAGUAUGAACCAAGCCAAAGAGUAUCUGCCAAGACCGCCCUGUCACAUCCUUACUUCUCUGGAGUUGUAAGGGACAAGCCUGCUCCAUUUAUAAAGACAUAAUCCUACUGCUGUGUCUGACAGUACUUGGGUGUAAUUGUACAUACAACUUUCAUGUAUGUGCCUUAUUUGUGACGUCAUCAGCGAAAAUGAGUUCUUUGGAGGCAGUUAACUAUUUCUCUCAUAGAGAAGUGGACACAUCGGCCGCUCCUAGUUAAUCCCCUUGUUGUUAUUAAUCGCCUUGUUGUAACAGUCUUUGAGUAGAACUGCAUGUAUAUUAUGGAUACAGAAGAAAUAAGGCAUAUCUAUGAAGGGAAGGGUUAAGUUAACAUCACGCCAAACCACCCUGUAUAUAAAUAUUCAUAAAUGUUUAACCAAAGGAGUCCCUGGAUACAAAAAUGCAUGUGUUCUUGUAUUAAUUGAAUUUUUGUCAGGAAAAAAAAGCCCAGUUAUUAUUGAGGGCGGUCAUAAUCCGAUUUAAUGGCAUAACAAUUUUUGAUAACGAUGGAGAUUUAUCCAUACAAAUUUGGAUUUUAAUUAUGGAGGGCGGUUAUAAUCGGAUUAAGUGUUUUAUCAAUUAUUAAAAACAAAGAUUUAUCCAUACAUUCAGAAUUUAAUUAUUGAGGGCAGUCAUAACAAUAAACUUAAUCUGAAUUCGUAUCAUCAAUUAUGGAAAACAAGGGAGAUUUAUCCAUGCAAUUGAAGUAGGGCUAGUUUUUGAAGAGAUUUCAAAACAGCUACAUUACUCCGCCAAAAGAUGUUUUGAUUUCUCCGCAGGACUCAAUUCCGCUAAUGAUGUUACUUUAAUAUGUAUAUAAUGCAUUUGCCAAGUACAUGUAAGACAGUAAAGUGAAAUAUAUGUAUUGAUGUACUGUUCAUGUAUUCAUUUACUGUACAUGUAUUAUUAUACAUUAUCCAUUUUACUUCUGUUAUAAAAAAAACAAAAAACAUUUAUAAGUAACUGUGCUUUUGCAUAUUAGUGACCAGAUUUUUGGUAUGAGCUUACGAUAUGAUUAUAAGAUGAAAAGCAGGCUUUAGUGGUUUGCGGUGAGUUUUAAUGUAGUGGGUAUUUUCACUAUUGUGUUCUCGAUUUUCUGAUUAUAAGUACUUGUUAAGCAUUAGGAUAGAGAUUGCUUAAGAAUGAUAAUUUCAUGGUAUACAUGUAGUGCUUUUAUCAGUAUUGGUAAGAUUUUAUGCAUGUAGAAAUGGUUCGAGGUUACUAGUUUACAUUUGCCAAAAUAAAUGGGACUGGAAUGACUUACCCAUUUAUUGGUAAAUGCAUACUAAUAAUCCUGUAACAAAGUAAGUGUUCAAAAUUAUAUUUUGUCUACUGGCCCAGCCUCUGUUCAAUUUGACCAAUUCACCUGAUUAAAUGUUCAAUUUGACCGAUUCACCUGAUUAAAAUCAAUAACAGCUGAUUGCUGCUUUACCAAAAUAGUUAAAUACUGCCAAGCCAUUAGACAAAAUAUAAUUUUGAAAACUGAAGUAUUAAAAGAAGUUAGAUCACAUCUAGGUGGUGCUGUUAUAAUAAGUAUUAAUAAAAAAAGUCUCCUCUUACAUACUAAAAUAGUUAUAGUCGUUUUAUUGUACACUUUUAUUCAGCCGUGUUUCACUCGUUAAUUUCACAGCAUAAAUAAGGCCAUACUAAUUUAUUUUUAUUUUUAUCUUCAGCUUAAUAAUUAGAAACCUGUUUAAAAAAUAAAAUAAAAUAGACGACAAAUUGAUUCCGUAGCAAUGUUACCUUAAGGAAAUAUAUAAAUAACAUAUUUCAAUGCUACAAAAGCCCAUUUUUUCAUUGUUAAAAAAAAUAAACUUGUUUAGAACAUAAAAUAAAAACUGAAGAUUUAUUAAUAUUGCUGUCAGUGUGGACUAUUUAUGCUGUUAAGUCAUUAUGCAUACUUAGGCUGGGAUGAUUAAACAUACAUCCAAGAUUUAGGACAUUUAAUUUAAAUGUGUCUUUUGGCAUGAUAUGUGGACGAUAAACAUAGGAAUAAAAUGGUAUGGCCUAUUUCUUUGUAACAUUUUAUGUGAUAACCAAUAAUGUGUUCACUCUAACAUGUCAGAACUGUGUUCAUAUUUUAAUUGUGUUAAAUGUCUUGCCUUUAAAUGAACCAUGUGUGUUCCUCUGUUUUAGCUGUUUAUUUUACAAAUAUGUUAUGGUCCGGGUUCAUAAAGCAUUUUAGUGAAAAUAUUCAACUAAGUGAAAUUUUUCAAAUUUAACAAAGGAAUAUUUGAAAUACCCUUAUUUUUUUAUCAACCCUUAUUUUUUAUCAAAUUUAUUAAUAUACUGUUAUUAUUUGGAUCCUUUUUUUGCUUAUGCUCCUACUUUUGGUGUAAAAGUAUAGUCGAACCCCGUUAGCUCAAACUUGCUUGUCUGGAUGUCCUCGUUGGCUAGAAAUUGAUAUAAAGGAACGAUUUUGUUUAACCAAAUGAAAGCAUUUCAGCUUGACUCGAAUUUCCCGAGGCUCAAGUAUUUUGACCUGUCCCUGAGAGCUGGAGCCAACGGUGUUCGACUGUAGUUCUUAUUCAAUUCAACUUAGAAAAAAAUAUUUUUUCACUAAGGGGAACAUUUUCACUUAGAUGCUUUAUGAAUACAAUACGGCCGCAGGAGUAAUGCUUUACCUAAACCAGGGAUCUUGCAAAUAUUGUGUGUGUACAACGAAUAAAUGUUAAUGUGUUUAUUAAAUGUACACUGUAAAA